AUGUCCAUCCACUUCGAUAGUGAAGCAAGUACGCCGAUGGCGAGGUGCAUGCUGGUGGAUGAGACACUUGACGUGGAACCAGUGCCGAAACUGUUGGACUUUGACAAUAGUCCUCCCGCCAUGCCAGGACGACAGCGAGCUCUGGUGAUAGACAGCCCUGGCGCGACGCCUGUGCAUAGCCAGGUCCGGUGGCUAAAUAGUCCCAGUGCUUUGCCUCCAAAGAGGCGGCCUUUGUUGGACGAUGUUUUAAGUUCACCGCCUCUGCCAUCGGCGCCCUCUCACUCUCCAGCUCGCACUUUCAAUGACAGCAAUUUCCGCCAUGAUGCACCUGUCAUUCACUAUAUGAAAGGCAGCAUCGAGCCAGUCACUGUUACUUCCAGGAUGCCAAGUCUGGCAGCACUUCUAGAUGAGCUGCCGAUCCAUCAUCCCACCCAUUGGGAACAGGUUCCAGGCUUAUUCCCAGAUACCACACAGCUGCUGCCAAUGGCAGUCCCUGGAGAGACGAAUGCCGCUUCUGGCUCACAAGUGGCCUGCCUCAGUAGAUCAUUUGCGCAGAUCGCAGCAGAGGCAGACAGUUCCAUGGACGAUGAUGAAGGUGAUAGCUUUGCGCGUGAGCUUAACCUCACUGAGGAUAUGCAUGUUGCGAACCUCAAUGCCAGCUCGACCGUGCUCCAAAUGGGGUACAUUCUGAGGGACAUUCAUGGCGAGGCGUAUCGCAGCAACUGA